UGCAAAAUAACUAAUUAGUGUAUUUUCAGGUCCUGAAACGAGGUCAACGGCAGAGGAUGUCCGGUGGUAGUUCAAGUACUAUUUCUGAGAAAUCGAUCCUAGAAAACCUGCAGAUAGAUUGUGCUACUCCUCUUAAUGUACUCAGAAACAUUGCGGAUUCAAUGAUCACCCAAAUGAAAGAUGGACUUGAUCAUGGUGGAAGUGAUCUUCAGAUGCUUCUCAGUUAUGUUAAUAGCUUGCCUACUGGGCAGGAGAAAGGGUUGUUUUAUGCUUUAGAUCUUGGUGGGACGAAUUUUCGUGUGUUAAGGGUACAGUUAGAUGGGGAAGGUAAAGUCGUCCUUGAAAAAAAAUCCUGGGAGAUACCUGAAGAUCGGAGAACUGGUACUAAAGAGGGGUUAUUUGGUUUUAUUGCCUCUGGUCUAGCGGAAUUCAUACUAGAAGAAUAUGAGAAAUACAACAUUCCACCAGAUACGAAAAGGAUGAUAGGUUUUACAUUUUCAUUCCCUAUUAACCAGACGGCUAUGAAUGAAGGGACAUUAAUCGAAUGGACAAAAGGGUUCAAUAUCUCAGAUACAAUAGGAAAAGAUGUAGUCGCCUGUUUGAAAGAAGCUUUGGUAGAAGAAAAACUUGAUAUGUUUUCAGUAACUGCUCUGGUUAAUGAUUCUGUGGGAGCCCUCGCAGGAGCAAGAUACAACGACGAAGAUGUGAAAGUUGCUAUCAUUUUGGGCACUGGAACAAAUGCGUGUUACAUUGAACGUAUGGAUGCUAUUCCAAAAAUAAAAAGGCAGGGGGAUCAAAUUCCUCUUACUGGAAAUACGAUCAUUAAUACAGAGUGGGGAGCAUUUGCUGAUCAAGGAGGUCUUCCUUUAACAGAAUUUGAUCAACAGUUGGAUACUGAUAGUGACGUGGUUAAACAAAGAGUAUUUGAGAGGAUGAUAUCUGGUAAGUACUUAGGCGUACUUGUGAGCAAAAUUCUGCUCCAGAUGGCUGAAUCAGAAAAUUUGUUCGGUAACAACUACGCGGCUCCUGUUGUUCUAAGUACAAAGGAUUUAAAUGAUAUGCAAAGUGACGUUUCAGGCAAACUCGAAACUGUUGGAUUAAUAUUAAACCAGAGACUCAAAGUAGAGACCUCCUUGGACGUGAGAAGAACUGUUGUAAAUGUGAUUGAUACUAUUGUCAAAAGAGCAGCACGAUUAGCUGGUGCAGGCAUCGUUGCCAUUCUUCAGAAAAUGGAACAAGAUACUCCCGGACUUAUUCAUGGAAAGAGGACCGUGGUGGCUAUUGAUGGAAGUUUGUAUCAGAAAUAUGAACAGUACCAACUAUAUCUCAAAGAAGUAGUUACCGAGCUGCUGGGUUCCUACGUGGUUAUAAUACAAGUCCCGGAUGCUUCCGGAAUUGGAGCUGCUUUAUUAGCUAAUUUAUUUGUCUUUUAGUCUAAUUCAAACACUAUUUAUGAUAAACUUGAUCACAAUUUAAUUAAUUUUAUUUUAUAAAUAAUCAAGUGAUUUGG